ACAGCCGAAAACAGCAAAGGAUAAACCGAUACUCAAAACUCUGCUUCCAGUGGAUAAAGCGCCAACAGACCAUUCUUCUUUUUCUUCUUCAACCUCCGGAGCUUUUCUUUUCAAGAAUCGCCCACUCUGAAAUGGCGGCAACUGCAGUUAGUUGCUUCUCUCUCCCUUCUAAGUUCAGAAAUCUUUCCCUUAAUGCUUCUUCCUCCUGUAUUCCCGCUUCCCCAUCUUCUUUGACCCUCAGAUCUCUCAGUUUCUCCUCCAACACUUCAGUUUCCGCCUUCUCCAAUGGGUGCCUGACGAUGAGUAAAGCUCAGAGGCCAUCUCGUUACUCUGUGGUCUGCGAGGCUGCUCCUAAGAACAAGGCUGAUUCUGCUGCAAAGAGGACUCGGCAGGCUGAGAAAAGGCGCAUUUACAACAAAGCCCGGAAGUCUGAAAUCAAAACCAGGAUCAAGAAGGUUUUGGAAGCCUUAGAUGGUCUCAAGAAGAAACCUGAAGCACAAUCUGAGGAAGUCCUUCCAAUUGAGAAGCUCAUUGCCGAAGCAUACUCAGUGAUCGACAAAGCUGUGAGAGUGGGAACAUUGCACCGAAACACCGCAGCACGACGAAAAUCCCGGCUCGCCAGAAGAAAGAAAGCUGUAGAAAUCCACCAUGGCUGGUACACCCCAGAUUCACCAGCAGCUGCCUGAUGCUCUAUUGAGGAAUGAAUGGAAAGAUGUGAUUUUUUGACGUAGAUAAAUGACGAACUUUUUUUCAUCUAUUUCUUUUAUUUUUGUAUUUAGUUUAAAACCUUCUUCCAUGUCUACUGUUUAAGUUUCACUUAGGGGCGUUUGGCCCUCCAAGUUAGGUUGGGUUGGGUAGGUAAAAUAAACCCACCCACUGUUUGGUUCACCAAUUAUUAAAGAGGUUUAUUACCUCGUUAUUUACGUUAACUCACAUUUCUCGCCUCA